AUGGUCGCGGAAGAAAAUGGAGAGGAGGGAGAGGACGGCACACCGACUCGGGAGGAGGGUCCCCCGCAAAUCAACGACGUCGAUGGCCUGAUGAGCCGAUACGAGGACAUCGUGCUUGGCAGCGGCCGUUCCCUGCCCUGGCUCGAACGUCUCGAGAUCAUCACCCCCGAUCGCAUCACCAUGGCGUCUGUCAACGACGAUCUCGCUCGUGAGGCUGCCUUUUAUGCGCAGGCGAUGCAGUCUGUGGGCCGAGCCAUCGAGGCGUUCGAGGAGCAGGGCUUCGUGUGGCGCCGACCCGAUGACUUCUUUGCCGAGAUGCUCAAGAGCGACGAACACAUGCAGAAGGUCAGCUCGCCGUCAUUGCUUGUCGCACCUUGA